AUGAUUGAUGAAGGAAAGAUCUUUACAGCUCUUGACUGUCAAAUAAGUGGAGAAUACGAAACCCUAGAGUCAUUCCCUUCAUGGAGGAUCCGCGCAUUUUCCGACGCUGAUCUGGAGAAAUCCGUAAUCUCCAUGAGGCGACUUCUCGACGCGAUUGAGACCCGACUACCGGCGCAGAAGCCGCCGAAAGAAGAAAAAAAUCUUCAGUGGUGUGAUCUCUUGAAUCAGGAGUUCCUACCUACGUCCAGCUUUGCGUAUCAAUUCUUGACUAGAAUUGCGGCUUGGUCAAUUCCCAUCAAGUACAUCGCCCCUGGGAUUUACCUCCCAAACAAGCCCGACCAGCAACCCUACCAAUCCUCACAGUCCGAGCCGGAAGGCAUGUCCCUCCGCAUAUUCCAUAUCGAUGGGCUCGGCGGCCAAUAUCCUUCGUGGACACCGCUAAAUGAAAGCUCCACGGUCGUGCCCAGAACCAACACAGCUUUCAGUGACGGGUGUGUCCUCGUGCUUCCAUACGGGCUUGGGGCGCACGGGUGGGCUCGCAAAUCAGACGGCGAGCAGAUGGGCAUCAAUCCUGAGAGCGAGCACCCCAUACCUACCGAUCAGUCCUUUGGGCUCUAUCAGUCUGGGUUCACGGGUUUCACGGAUCUUCGCGACGUGCAGCUCUGGAAGGUGCUACAGAGCUGGGCGGAAAGGUUGGGGGGGAUUGAGAAGUUCAAGGAUGCUGAUACUGAGUCCCACUGGCGGAAAUAUUGGAUACCUCCCAGCUGGUGA